AUGUCUUACGAACAGGCACUCUCCCUUGGGAUUCCCCUGUCCGAUCUCGACUCCCACCCCGUCGUCGAUCUGGCCAUCGACGGUGCCGACGAGGUUGACCCUUUCCUCAACCUCGUAAAGGGUCGCGGUGGCUACCUCCUUAGGGAGAAGAUGGUGGAGAGCGCAUGCAAGAAGUUUAUUGUUGUUGUUGACGAGUCCAAGCUCGUGAACUAUAUAGGGGGGAGUGGAUUGGCCAUGCCCGUUGAGGUUAUUCAAUUUUGUUGGAAGUUCACUGCUGAGAGGUUACGCAGGCUGUUUGAGGAGGCUGGGUGUGUUGCAAAUCUUAGAACUUUUGGGGAGAAGGAGGAGCCCUUUGUCACGGACAAUGGGAACUUCAUCGUGGAUUUGUAUUUCGAGAGGAGUAUCGGGGAUUUGAAGGCUGCUAGUGUCGCAAUAUUGCAGCUUGCUGGUGUUGUGGAGCAUGGCAUGUUUCUGGAUAUGGCUACCACUGUUAUUGUGGCAGGGGAACUUGGCUUGACGGUGAAGAAUAAGUAGUUGCUGGCGUUUUGGAGGAGGUGGUUAGGAGAAUGAAGGUAGGUUAAUUGGACAAGGUUGAGCUUUGACAUAGGGUUCUAACAAAUUUUAGGGGGAGGGGAUUUUCAUGAAAUCCUUUUAUAUUAUCGAAUCAGGAUGUUUUGGGGAGGGAGUUUGUUUGAAAGAAGAAUUAAAAGAAGUUCAGAAAUCAUUGAAAUCGAAACAAUACAUGAAAAUCUUGUUGCUGAAUUUACUGAUACAAGCAAAAGAUAAGAUUGAAAAAGAGUAUAUAAAAUGACUGCAGAAUUUUAAAUUAACUUCUACAUCACAGUAUAUUUCUUUCUACUCACUGUCGGUAUCAGUGUAUCCUAGACACUCAGAAACAAAAUCACAGUAACCACACUUCCAUUGCUCAUCCUCAGCCACAUAACUGGCUUCUCUCUGUCCAAGCCACAACUCAAGACAACUCCCUAUUUCACUCUUCACCCAACCCUCAUCAUAUGCAAUCUUUUCUUCAACCAGCACUGAAUGGUCCCUCUGAGACUCAUAUCUCAACACUAACUUUUCAUUAGAAGGUUGCAGUCUCUUGCACGUAUUUUGGUAACACCUCACCACAUCACCAAGAUUCAGUGCUGUGAAUCCAGACUCUUUGCACGCUGCUCGUAGAUCUUUACUUAAAGUACGACGUGGAUUCAAUUCAAAAUAAUCAUACAACUGUUUGCGUGGGAAAUCAUGAUGAGCAUGUGCAACUAAACUGUCCCACAAAUACUUGUAACACAUUAGCUGAAUCCUUCCGUUUCUUUUCUGUGCUUCUGAAGGAACCGUGUCUUGGGAACGAGUCUUUAACUCAAUUAGUAUCGGAUUAUGAUCUUUCUUUGCUUUAGGCAUUUGAACUUCAUCGAUCUUCCCCACCAUCCAUAUGCCUUCUCCAAAAGCAAAACUCAGGAUUGGAAGCUCGCGUGUUAACCCAUCAAACAGCAACUGAUUCACCCCAUUUAUGAAGUUAACAAGUUUCAUUGCCAUGACAUCCUCAGCUGACUUCGCCUCCAGUUCCACCGUAGUCUGAACCUCUAGUUGAAGUUGAACAUGUCGAUUUCUACCAGCUUUCAUAGCUUCAGUGUUCCUUUCUCCUCCAAAAUACAUUGGCUUGCCUUCGUUGUUCUUCCAUUCUUCAGAGAAGAGAGAAAACUCCAUUUGCCUUUCACACCAUUCGGUUUGGGUGACAUCGGUGACAAACAACCCUUUCUUGCUCCUAAACCGGUGGAGUAAAGUGUUGUUAUCUGCUUUGGUGUUCUUCUUCUUCUUCCUCAGAAAAUCGCCAUAGUCCUCAAUAUCAGGUUCUGAACACAUGGACAGACUUCUCUUGGCUUUACCUGAAACUGAGUCAAUUGACUUGCCAUUUCUGUGCAACUUAGAGGUUGAAGGAGGUUUGUGUUUUGAGGGUGUAUAAGCUUCAGUGUAAAAGUUUUCAUCAUCGCUUAGUAUCACAAGUGGGAUCUUCUUGGAGGGUGUUCUCACCAUGGUGGAUGUUGGUCGACCAAGUUUGAAAUUCAAUAAACUAUUGAGAGUGUUGAGAUUAUCUUGUUAAAAAGGGGCUGUUGAGUGAGAGUUGGAAGGCUUAAUCGUCAAGAAAAAGGAAAAAUAAUUGAAGACAAAGGAAACGUAGUGGAAUCUUA